GCAGCGCCGUGCUGGGCUCGGCCACACUUUGGCCCCUCUCUCUCUCUCUCGCCCUCCCCCAGCCCUCGCUGCCCUGAUGUCCGAGCGCCGCAUCCCCUUCAGCUUCAUGCGGAGCCCCAGCUGGGAACCGUUCCGGGACUGGCACUACCCCGGCCGGAUCUUUGACCAGUUCUUCGGGAUGCCAGCCUUCCCGCACGACUGGUCACUCAGCGACUGGCACGGCAUGUGGCCGGGCUACAUUCGGCCCCCUCUGACCGCAGCGCUGGCCCCGGCUCCGGCCCCGGCUCCGAGCGGGGAAACAGCGGGGGCGGUGGCGGCGACCAGCGGGCAGGACAGCGGCCUGAGCCGGCAGCAGAGCACCGGGGUGUCCGAGAUCAAGGUCACCUCAGACAAGUGGAAGGUCAACCUGGAUGUGAACCACUUCGCCCCUGAAGAAAUCACCGUCAAGACCAAGGAUGGCUACGUGGAAAUCACCGGAAAGCACGAAGAGCGACAGGAUGAACACGGUUUCAUUUCAAGAUGCUUUACUCGGAAAUAUCUCUUGCCGCCAGAUACGGACCCAGCUAUAGUUACUUCAACAUUGUCGCCCAGUGGCAUACUAACAGUGGAAACCCCAAUGAAGAAGCCAGCCCUGCAGUCCUCUGAGAUCACCAUCCCAGUCACCUAUGAGUCUAAAGCCCAAAUAGGAGUGCAGGAUUCCAAGAAAGCAACUGAAGCAACAAAGAAGUGAUUUGAACUACAAAAAAGAAAAUUGUAUCUAGCAUAGCAUAGGCAGGCCAGAAUAAUACCAAGGCAGCCUGGCUUGGUAGUUAAAGAAUUUAUCCUUCUAUCAUGAAUUAAUUAUGAAUUAAUUUCCACAAUGUGUCUUGAGGCUGUUAAAUAUUUUCAGUACGUUUGCAGAGACUUUUCCAGAUUUUCGUAAAAGUGCUUGUUUAAUCAACAUGGAACUUUAUGAAAGAAAAACAAAUGAUUGGAAUGAAUAAAUGCUUUUUAUCCCAUGAGCGCAA